AUGGUCACUACAAGUGAUCAAGAGGAUGAAGACAAGCAAAGCAAACUCUCCCAACAGCCUGAAAACAACUUAACAGAAGAGGAGGAUAGAGAUCACCAAGAACCAGAAAUCUCACAACAAGAGUUGCUGAAGCUCUAUGCACCAUUUCCCCAACUGCUCAAUGGUGCUGUGGGGAAGAGAAUAUACUCAAGGAACUUCUUCCCAGGAAAAAGCUCACUCAAAGGAGGCCAAACUAUAGUGUUAAACAAGGAAUGUAGUGUCCUUAUCCAACCUGAGUUGCCUGCAAAAAGAAAAGACCCAGGGAGUUUUCACAUCCCCUGUGCCAUAGGAGAAACAUUGUUCGAUAGAGCACUCUGUGACUUGGGGGCAAGCAUCAACUUACUGCUAUUAUCCUUGGUAAAGAGGCUGCAGAUCAAUGAGAUAAUGCCUACAGAUGUGGUCAUCAGAUUGGCUGACAAGACUCAAAAGCAAGCAAUAGGAGUGGUGGAAAAUGUGUUACUAAAGGUUGGGAAAUACUUUCUCCCAACAGACUUUGUCAUCCUGGACAUGGAAGAGAGUCACAUUCACCCAAUCAUAUUGGGAAAACCAUUCCUAGCUACAGCCAGAGCACUCAUAGAUGUGGAGAAAGGGGAGCUAAUAUUAAGGAUCCAUGAUGAACGGCUCAGCUUUAAUGUCUUCAAACUCUCACAAGAAGCAGACCAAGAGCAUAAAGAACCAAGUAAAGAUCAUGAUGAGAUGCUGAAGGAGGAAGCAAGCACUGAAGCACACCCAACCUAUCUGGAGACUCCUUUGGUUGAUAAACAAGGGAAACAGCAACUACCACAGCUCAAGGAAAAGUUAGAAGAACCUAAACCUCUAGAGGCAUGUGAAGACAACAUCACAAAUCCCUUAGAAAAAGAAGUCAUCAAGAGCAAGACAAUAUCAAAGGACACAAGGAAGAAAGUACCAAGAAAGUGGAGGAACAAAAAGAUCCCUACGGAAGACUUCUCUCCAGAAGAUAGAGUGAUCUCAGCUUACUUCCCAGAUAUCCCCCCUAAUCUCCCCACUAUACCAUCUCAGUUACCGAAAGUCUUCACAAUCAACAGAGUUCUCUCCCUGGAACAUGUAGAGAUCAUUGAUACAACCAAUGGAUACAAGUCCACAGCGAGAGGGGAGGACUUCAAGCAUUACCAACCACCCUGA